AUGAGCGCAUCCGCGGGCAAACUUGAGGGCCUCACCAAGCGGCCAACGGAAGUGGACUCCCAGGUUGGCGACACAGGGCGCUCAGGGAGUUUUGGCCUAACGAGGUACACCGACCGCGGCGGAGACACCACCGUGGUCGGCAUGGACACCACCGCGGGAGGCACCUCCGUGCGCACAGCCACGAGCUUGUUCACGUCGGCACCCUACUCCAGCACCAGGGACAGCGACUUCGGCGAAGUGUACAGGAUGCUAUGGCGCCGCAGCUAUAAUCACCUCAACGACCAGAAUGACGACGUCUACCACGACUACAACUACCACAACCACGACAACUACCACAACCACGACAACUACCACCACAACAACUACCUCAACCACGACGACUACGACAACCACCAGCACAACCACGACAACUACCACCACCACAACUACCACAACCACCACGACUUCAACUACCACAACGACUACAACCACCACCACUUCUACAACUACCACCACCACGACUACAACUACCACAACGACUACAACCACCACCACUACAACUACUACUACAACCACGACUACAACUACAACCACCACCACGACUACUACGACAACCACCACUACGACUACAACUACAACUACAACUACCACCACUACGACUACAACUACAACUACUACAACUACCACCACCACUACUACAACUACCACGACUACAACCACCACCACUACAACUUCAACUACAACCACUACGACGACUACUACUACAACCACCACCACGACUACAACGACCACCACAACUACUUCAACCACCACUACUACGACAACCACCACGACUACAACAACGACCACCACAACUACUUCAACCACCACUACUACGACAACCACCACGACUACAACAACAACAACAACCACUACAACAACCACCACGACUACAACUACAACAACCACUACAACAACCACCACUACAACCACCACCACUACAACAACCACCACUACAACCACCACCACGACUACAACAACCACUACUACUACUACUACCACAACGACGACCACUACAACGACAACCACACCCAGACCCACCACAACCAGGAAGCUUAA